AUGAUGGGAAUUCCAACCUUAACUACCUACAUGAAGGAAAACGGGCAUAUUGAGUCUGUAAUAUUGAAGGAAAUGUCCAGUAAGAUCGUUAUCGAUGGAUUUUGCUUGUGCUAUAAACUGUUCCGUGGAAUUAAAUGCCGAGAUUACUUUGAGUUUUAUAAGAAGGUUUUCGAUUUUUUUGGAAUGCUAAAAUCUAUCGGAAUUGAAGCAUAUGUUGUAGUCGAUGGCAUUGACUAUAACAAUGAAAAGGCAAAAACUAAUAUGAAGCGACUUAAGCGCAAUCUUGAGGAGUUGAGAAGAGUUGAAUCUCGGAUUGAAAUGCUUACAAAUAACGAGAUAUUUGUUCCUCCUCUGGCAAAAAAAGUAUUUGCUGAUUCUGUUUGCGAAGCAGGAGUUAAAUUCUUUGUUGCUGAUGGUGAAGCUGAUCGAGAUGUGGUGUCACUUGCAAAUCAUGUUGGCUGUCCCGUCUUAGGUUAUGACUCAGAUUUUUUCAUUUUUAACAUAGAUCACGGAUUGAUCCUCAUGCCCGACAAUUUAGAAGACCUUAAAAGAGAGGUGAGGUACUUUGACUGUCGGAAAUUCGAUCAAACGUGCAACUUUAGCCACCCUCAAAUCCGCUUGUUCCUGCCAUUCUGUCUUGGAAAUGACUUUCAUGGUCGCCAUGCUUUACCUGAGCUAGGAAUUAAUCGAGAAGCUAAAGCAGAGCUAAUAGUUGAAAAGCUUAGUACAUCCUCUUUGAAAAUUGAUGAUUAUCAAGAAAAACUUGCUAGUGAUCUCAAGUUCUAUGGAGUUGUCCCUCGUUCAUUUGAAGACCUGUCUCAACACUCAGCAUUUAGUGUAUCAGUCCCUCAAUGGAUUGUAUCUCGUUUCAAGAGAGGAGAAUUUUCACGCACAGCAAUGUAUUUUCUGGCCAGUGAUCUUCUGGAGGGGAAAAAAAUCUGGAAGUAUUUAUUAGUGGUUGAAGAUUUAAAGCUAGAGUCUGCUUGGAAAGUGACCGAUUCCGUCCUUCCGUAUGUUAUCGGUGCUCUGUUUAGUUGCUAUCAAAGGGACAGGAUCCCCAGCAUUGUUGUGAAAAUUCGGCAGGACUGCUUUUGUGCACUUGUGGAUGAAAUCAACCUCUCGCUCUCGCCAAAGCAUUUAAAUAUACUCGGAUCACAUGACCUGCACACUGUCCAUGAUGAUAUGUCCGUACAAGAGAGAGAGAAAAUCUUUUUGCGCACAUUUCACUGCAAAUCCGUUUCAAAGUCAUUGAAUAAUGUUCCGAAAGAGCUGAAGUUAGCGGUAAUCGCGAGCAGAUGUUGGCUGAGAUUCGUUGAUGUUCAGAAUGUUGAUUAUAAUUUUGAGGCUUUUAUUUCAGCACUAGUGCUCUGCUUUCAAACGUGUAGUGGAGCUCGACCAAUUGAUGAAGCGGGACAUCACCGAGAACACCCAAUGGCUCGCCUUCGCCGGGUCCACUAUUUAGCACAGUGGGAAUGCAUGCUCCACCUCACAAAUUCAUUCAAUGAAAUCCUGAACUAUCCAUUUACCUACACUAGUCUGGGCCGAAUGUUCUCAGGAACACUAUUUCAAAGCUUUUUUGUCAGCGGUCCAGGCGUUCAUACAAGGUUGGACUUUGAAGGUGCUUGUAUGUACGAAGCGAUAACGAAAAAACUUCUCCCCACAAGUUGAACCUGUUUGUUGAGCCUCUGCUGCUCCCAAGACUACCUAGCAAGAAGAGACUGUUGUGCAUGAUUAAUAAAAAUGUGUACAUGACUUCAUGUAUGACUGCUUGCAUGUGUAUGUAUUAGCUAUCAUCAGCUAUAAUGAAUUCAUAUAUUUUACUGUAUUUUACUGUUGUGGCACAUUUGAUACACAGAAAGUAUUAAAAUGUGAUUUUUCCUAAGCAAACGCAUUUCAUGAAGCAAGUUUUCUUAACACUUAAGUUGCAUAUAAUCAGGCUAUUUGUGUCUCUCACUAAAUUUCACUCUGCCCUGCCUCGAGGGUAUUUCAAAAGUAAAUGUUUUUCAUUUCC